AUGUUCACAGCAUCAGCUGUUGUCAAGAUGGCGAAUAACCUGACAGAAUUGGAGGUUCCACUCGGACUUGAGCCGGCCGGGGAACGAGGGAAAGGUGUAUUAAGGCGAUGCAGAGGGAGACCCAGGCUAACGGAGUCAGACCGAACACAGCGACGUCUUGAAUCCCGAAAGAAAUACGACGUUCGGAGGGUUUACUUGGGGGAGUCGCACAAGCUCUGGAGUGAGCUCCGAAGGCGCACAAGUCUGAGUGAUGCUGGGCUGGCAGCGUAUUUAAUCGUGCUUCAUUCCACAUUUGGAGAGAAAUAUCAACAGAAGCACUCAAAAAAAGCCGUUAUCCCAGAGGGGGUAUUGGAUUCGGCGCAUGAGAGAAAAGUUAAGAGGGAGCGUGAGUCGAGUCUCCAUAGUUUGGUGUGUUGGUACCAGGAGCACUUGCGUUCCUGCCCUCAUGAGCCCCAACUCAGGGCUCUGGAGCCCCAGCCCAACUUGUCGACUGCCGCCAUCUGGCAAUGUCCCUCCGACCAUUCCUUUGUGCAACACCUUUUCUUCCCCCUGAGUGAGUCGAGUGACUCUGAGCAGGAGGAGAGAGAAAACGGCGAUGGUGAAAAUGCUGCGAAAAGAGACUUUGUGGUGCCGAAAAUGUUAUCAAGACGGAAAAGAAAAACAAAUAGUCCCUUAAAAGAUUUAGGAAAAACAACAGCGGUUUAUGAGGUUCAGCACACAACCGCAAAUGAGCUAGAACACGUUGAAGAAGCCGUAACACCGCAUGCAAGUGUGGAGACCUCCUCCGAUGAUGUCACCCUGACUGUCCCGCCUGUGUGGGAGAUGGUACUGGAGCGACCACGUGGCUCCCCCGAGCCGAUCUUUCACCCCCUCACCUCAGAAGAGGAGACUGAGGACGCUCGGCGAAGCCAAGAUGGAAGUGCGACCGAGGGACCCGGAGAAGGGCAAGAACCCGAAAUUGGCUGUGAUUAUGAGUGUGUCAUCGUGGGAACAUCUUUUGCUGAAAAACCGGGGAACACGGAUGAGGACUUGGACCAUUCGGUCCCACCCUCCCAUCCAGAGCUGUCGGUCUCAUCUCCCGUUCGGGCACGAGAGAAAGAGCACCUUUUGGACCCACACGCUUUGCGGACGGUGGUGACGAGCUGCGAGAUUCCUAACCAGCAGACGCCUUUGGAAGGCUCACAGCUAAUCAUCAUAACUGGCCCCAGCUAUGAGGCUCUGGCGUCGGACGGAAUUCAGCUCGGCAUGGGCGCUGGGAAUGUGGCGCAAGACGCCUGCGCUGUCAUCAGGGACAUCGCCUACCAUCAAGGGCCUGAAUCGAAACUCCAAGCAACAGAGGAUGAAGACCGCAUGACAGAAUUAAGUGACAAGCAGCUGCUAGAAGCUACCGUUGACGCUCCGGACCACGAGUUGCAGAGGAGUCACGGCAGAUCAAAGAGAAGCCGGCGGGGCCCAGUUGUCGAGGCUGACGGGAUGCUCAAGAUGUUCCAUUGUCCGUACGAGGGCUGCAGUCAAGUGUAUGUCGCCGUCAGCAGCUUCCAGAAUCACGUGAACCUAGUUCACAGGAAAGGCAGGACCAAGGUUUGCCCUCACCCAGGCUGUGGAAAAAAAUUCUACCUGUCCAACCACCUCCAUCGCCACAUGAUCAUCCACUCAGGCGUGCGGGAUUUCAUCUGCGAGACGUGUGGGAAAUCGUUUAAGCGCAAGAAUCACCUGGAAGUUCACCGAAGGACUCACACGGGAGAAACGCCUUUACAAUGCGAAAUCUGCGGCUACCAGUGUCGUCAGCGUGCGUCCCUCAACUGGCACAUGAAGAAACACACCCCGGAGGCCCACUACAACUACACCUGCGAGCUCUGCGACAAACGCUUUGAGAAGUUGGACAGCGUUAAAUUUCACAAGUUGAAGAGCCACCCGGAGAAGCUCUCCUCGUGAGGUCUUCGAUCUGGCUACGAAGCGAGAGGGACGCUUGAUCAAGUAUUUCUUUGUGACUUUCACUUGAACGGCUGUGCAGGUCGCAGCACAUUGCAACCCGCCAGGCCCACAAAUUGAAGCUCUUCCAAAUAUCUUUUUUAAACUACCCUUAUUGUAACCCCCCCUCCCCACCCCCUCCAUCUCCCUUGAGCUUAAUUUAUUAUUUUCUUUUUAACAUAUGGCAACAGGAUUAUAAGACACAUGAUGUUGUGAAAAAGGUUCCUUCUACUU